AAAAAAAAAACUUAAUUCAUCAUAACACCUCUUCAACCAAAACCCUAAAAGAAGGCUCCCUUCAAAAAAUCCAUUUCUUCAUCAUCAUGUCAACUUCCAAAACCUUAGAUCAUAUUAAGCCCUAUGAAACAUCCCAAACUCAAAUGGGGUUUGCUAUAAUCAACCAGAACACAGCCACCACCACAACGACCACAACCGGAGAGAGACGAGGCCGGAGAUCAAAGCAAGCAGAGCCAGGGAGGUUCCUAGGAGUCAGGAGACGUCCAUGGGGUCGUUACGCAGCUGAGAUAAGAGAUCCAACCACCAAAGAACGUCACUGGCUUGGCACUUUUGACACUGCUCAUGAAGCCGCUCUUGCCUACGAUAGAGCAGCUCUUUCGAUGAGAGGCACUCAAGGUCGAACUAACUUCGCCUACACUCCAACUGAUGUUCACACCAUCCUCACAAACCCUAAUCUCCACUCUCUCAUUGUCUCUCCUUACAACAACAACCAAUCUUUCUUACCAAACUCUUCUCCACAGUUUGUCAUUGAUCACCAUCCUCAUUAUCAAAACUAUCAUCACCAUCAGCAACCUAAACAUAUACCCACCGUUUCUUUCAAAACUCCCGUUCGUCAUCAAAACGCAUAUAUUCAAGCGUUUUGCUCUAGUCCUCAAAACUCGUCUUCUAACGGCUCGUUAUCUUCUUCACUAGACGAAGAACACAACUUCUUUUCUUUCGAUGGAAGUAACUCCAGUAACAACUCGGGUUACUUGGACUGCAUUGUCCCAAACCAUUGCCUUAAACCACCUUUGGAAACCACCACUACCCAAAGUCAAACCGGAGCUGAUUUCACAACUCCUGCAAGCAAGGCCUCUGACUCAUACGGAGGGUUUAAUAAUAGUUCCUUUGAAGAUGGUGAUAUGAUGAAUCAUCACGAGUUUGGUUCGUGUGAUCUUUCUGCCAUGAUUACUAACUAUGGUGCUGCCGCUUCAAUGUCAAUGGAGCCGCAAGAUUUCUCUUCUGCGUCUUCUUCUUCUGUCGCUGCUUUUGGAGAUGUUUCAGACACUACAGGCUUCUACUCGCUCUAUUAG